AGUUCUGAGAGAGCCCCGAUCUCCCAUUUCUUGCCUGGGUGAAGACAACCCACCACUCUCUCUCCGCUGGUGCGUUUGCUCUUCCUGACAUGGAGUGAGAGAUGCAUCCACAUCCAAACUGUGGGUCUGCUGCAGUCCUUCGCUGGCCUCGCCCUCAUCCAUCACAUCUCAGGAAUGGAAUGCCUGGCUUUGAAACUGACUUUUUGUGACCCAAGUCAAAUGAGUGGUCUCUUCUGUGGUGAUUGUAACUUCCUAUCUGCUGUGUAUGUUUUAAACCCAUCUUCUUUAGGUUGGACCUCGAGGAACCAUAAAAGAUUAUCCAGGCUUUAGCCCAGCAGUGGAUGCCGAAGCUAUCCGGAAAGCCAUCCGAGGAAUUGGAACUGACGAGAAAGCCCUCAUCAACAUUCUGACAGAGCGCUCGAAUGCGCAGCGGCAGCUGAUUGCCAAGGAGUACCAAGCAACAUACGAACAGGAGUUGAAAGAUGACUUGAAGGGUGACCUCUCCGGCCACUUUGAGCACAUCAUGGUGGCUCUUGUGACUGCACCAGCCCUGUUUGAUGCAAAGCAACUGAAGAAAUCCAUGAAGGGCACUGGGACGGAUGAAGAUACCUUGAUUGAAAUCUUAACCACCAGGACAAGCAGGCAGAUGAAGGAGAUCACGCAGGCCUAUUAUACAGUGUACAAGAAGAGUCUCGGAGAUGACAUUAGUUCUGAAACAUCUGGUGACUUCCGGAAAGCCCUACUGACUUUGGCAGAUGGUAGAAGAGAUGAAAGUCUAAAAGUGGAUGAACAUCUGGCCAAAAAAGACGCCCAGAUCCUCUACAAUGCUGGCGAGAACAAAUGGGGCACCGAUGAGGACAAAUUCACCGAGAUCCUGUGUCUACGGAGCUUUCCGCAGCUGAAACUAACAUUUGAUGAGUACAGAAAUAUUAGCCAGAAGGACAUUGAGGAGAGCAUUAAAGGAGAAUUAUCGGGGCAUUUUGAAGACCUGCUGCUGGCCAUAGUUCACUGUACGAGGAACACCCCAGCUUUUUUGGCGGGAAGACUUUAUCAAGCUUUGAAGGGUGCUGGAACGGAUGAAUUCACUCUCAACAGAAUAAUGGUUUCCAGAUCAGAGACUGACCUUCUGGACAUCCGACAUGAGUUCAAGAAAAAUUAUGGCUACUCUCUCUACUCAGCCAUUCAAUCAGAUACUUCUGGAGACUACAGAGCCGUGCUCUUGAAGAUCUGUGGAGGAGAUGACUGAAGAAGACAGUCUCCAAAGGCUACUGCCCUGACGAACGGCCUCGGCAACGGCAAAGGCUCUGCUUACUGCUUUCCUACAACAUCCCGAAGUGCAAG